CAAUGUCCGCCCGUAAAAACGAGUGAGUUAUUGGCGGUGCAGCGCAACCGUCGCUCGCCUUACGCUUCAUUAUAAUAAUCGUUCGCUCGUUUUUUCCCUCGCACUUUCUGUCUCUUUUUUUCCCAAUUAUUUAUUUAUUUAUUGAGUGAUCAUUUGCUCCGACCGCACGCCGCGUUCCGUCCCUUUCUCUCCCCCCACCACUUCUUUGAUCUUUCUCCCCUCCCCCCUGUCUUUUUUGGCGCGUGAUUUUAUUUCUUCCUCGACGGGCGGACAGUGCGGUGUGAUCUCUCGCGGCGGCUCUUCAUCUGACCGGGAGGGUCUAGCGAUGGGUAACGGCUAUUCGACCGUCCCUGUCCGGCCGGAGCCAUGACGGACGGACUCUCACUCGGAGUCAAGGACAGUCCGUUGAAUUUCGGAGAAAUGGGCAGCGCUUUUAGAGUGGUCACUCCAAAAAGGCCGAGAGAAGGCAUCCCAGGUGUUGGAGUACCGACACUGACUGCUGCUUCUCUUCGGCCAUCCUUCCCUCUCCUUGCGGAUGGACUUCCAACGUACUAUUCGGGACUUUGGUGUGGCACCCCUCUGUCCCUCAAGGACCCAACUCUACCCCUCUUCCCUCUCUUUCCCCACUACUUGCCAUCCUAUGGAUUUUCCGUGGAAACCAGCUCUGCUCCAAAUGCUGGAGAAAGUUCAUCCGCUACAGCAGCGCGGCUGGCCAGUGAGGGUUCAUCAGCAUGGGAGACUUGCGGCAACGAAAAAGACAUUCGUUCAUCUUUAACGCCUCUAGCCAUUGGUGACUUUAAGCCACUCGGUUUGUCAUCGUGGCCCACGGACUUAAGGGUGAGACCAGUGCCUGUCUCCACUUGUCAUGGAUCAGCUAAUCUCUUCAGGUCGCAGGCUCAGAGCUCUUCUAAAAACGGCGAUGGAAGCCCUAGGUUGGUAAGUGGAGGACCAACCAGCAGCCCAUCGCUCUUUCGCCCAGCUUUCACUGCCGGACUUUCGUGCUUUGGACUGUCUCUGUACAGCUUUGGUGCCCAUUCUGGAUCUCAUGUGGACAAGUCAUUGUCAAGCCCUGAUGGUGUCCUCAAGUCAUCUCCUACAGGGGACGUAUACUCGUGCGUUAAGUGUGACAAGAUGUUCAGUACACCACACGGCCUAGAAGUGCACGCGAGGCGAUCUCAUAGUGGAAAAAGACCUUUCGCCUGCGAACUGUGCAACAAAACUUUUGGCCAUGAGGUUAGCCUCAGCCAGCACCGGGCCAUCCACACAGCGGAGCGGACUUUCGAGUGCAAACAGUGCGGAAAGUCCUUCAAGCGGUCUUCCACGCUUUCAACGCAUCUGCUGAUCCACUCCGAUACCAGGCCCUACCCUUGUCAAUAUUGUGGGAAAAGAUUCCACCAGAAAUCAGAUAUGAAGAAACAUACUUACAUACAUACUGGUGAAAAACCUCACAAAUGUGCAGUUUGUGGCAAAGCUUUUAGCCAAUCCUCCAACCUCAUAACUCACAGCAGGAAGCACACUGGUUUCAAGCCUUUUGCCUGCGAAAUAUGUGGACGAGCUUUCCAGAGAAAAGUAGAUCUGAGAAGACACAAAGAGACUCAACACUCCGAGAUCCACCACAUACCUUGAAUGACAGAGAUGGUUUCAACUUCCUUCUCUUUGAAGUCCUAGGCGAUCCGGGCCAGAAAUCAAAACAGUGGACCAAUCAUCCAAGACUUACUUGCUUCGGACUCUCAGAAUGGAAUAGAGUCUCCAGGAUCCCUUUUAUAUGUCACAGACACGUGAUUAAGAACGAUAUAAUAUGGAGAAAUAAAAUUUCAGGCACUGAGUUCAAAACAAUACUUGCCACCUUGAAGAAUAACUCUUUCCUAUCAUUACUUGCUAGUGUUAUUUUCAGCAGAUAAAUAAUUUUAAAUCGCAAAAAUCCGUGUUUCUUAAUCUCACAUACGUUAACAAAAUGCUUCUUCUUUUUAUUACGUAUUUCUUUGAUAAAUAUUAAUAAAUAACCUAAUAUUACGUUUUCUCGUAAAUAUAAUUGUAUCCUUAAUUUUGAACAUUAUGCAACAUAUGAUGGAGAAUCCGAUAAAAUAACUGGAAGAAUGAUUUUCCCAGGUUUUAGUGAUGAAACCUUUAAAUAGCAUUUUAUGAUGUAAUAAUGCAACAGGUUAUGGCAAAACGAUUAUGCACACAAGUUGUUGCUGAUAAUCAUCCAUUUAUUUGUGUACCGAAAGCUAGGAUUCAGGAUUUCAUUAAUUCAUUUUGCAGUGUUCUGAAAUCUUUUUCGUAAUUCCAAAAAAUAUUCCCGGGAAAUUCUUAGGGAUAACUUUUAAAUCUUUAUUCUAUUUUAAUUUCUUUACUUUUAAAUGUUUAUUCUAUUUUAUUCUAUUUGAAUCAUGCAUUUUGUUUAAUAUGGUCGAAAAUUAAUUCAUUUACGUCACUUUUUAUUAUUGAUUCGUUCUGAAUAUUCAUUUGAUUAAUAUAAUAAAAGUUAAUUAAUUCAUCUUAAAAACUGAAUAUUUUUUAAAUAUUUAAAUGUUUCCAGUUUUUAGUCUAUCGAAAAAAUACGUAGUUGUAUAUUAAAAAUUUCAGUUACUGGUGAAUUUUUUCUGUCUUUUAUUGAUAAGUGAAAAUCUUGCUAUAAUGAAUUUAAUGAAUAAUUUACAGCAAAACGUGCUGAAUUACGAUAAGUUAAAUUUUCAUUACCUACGCACAUUAGUUACGCAUUUCACCAUUUAUUAUGAAAAUAUUACUAUUUUUUAAAUUUAGUAAUCCCAAAGUAAAAUAGUUUAAAGCUUAAAUCUAACAAUAAAUUUAUAUAUUUCAUUUGAUGCGCAGUACUUCUAAUGUUCUACAUAUUGUGGUUUUCAAGAAACAGCAUAUGGUGCCCAAAAAUAUUUCCAAGACUUUUAAAAUUUUAAAUGUUUACUACCUAAAAGACUAGGAAUUUGAAAUGUUUAUCUAUGUGAAAAAACUUUUUUUUUUUUUUUUUUUUUUUUUUUUUUUUUUUUUUUUUCCAUAAAACUUAUAAAUAAAUAUUAUUUCUUCUUUAGCCAAACUUAAUUGUGUUAAAGAGCACUAAUGUUGUUUUCAAAGUAAUCUACACUGAUAGGGCAAAACUGCAAUUAAAUGAAAUUUUUGUAUAUAUUUCGAGCAUUUCGUUUUAUGAACUGUACAUUUUGUGACAGUUUCAGACAGCCGGUGACGCUUUUACCUGUGGGUGUUGUAAAAGCUUAAGUUCCUAAGAAGAGAAAAAUAAACAGUGAUGUUCCUGUAACGUCUAUAUUAAAGACACAUUGUCUAGCUGUUGUGUUACAUAAUACCCAAAUUGUAAAUCGAUCUUUGUGCUUUGGAGACAAGGACUUAUUCAGAACACAAAUUAAUUUGUGUCUGUAAAAAGAACUCCUGUAGCAAAGUCGUUGUAUAUGUAAAAAAAUAAUUGUAUAAAUGUUUAUGUAUUUUUGUCUUCAGAUUUUAUUAUCUGCUUUUUUAGAAAUAUGCUUUUAUAAUUUUUUGUAAAUGAAUGAAUUUUGUGUCCGAAAUUAUUAUCUUAAAGCAGUAUUUUCCAUAAUCCUGCUUCUAAAAUUCCUUCACUGUUUUUUCUGUUUGAAAAUGAAGUCAAAAGAUGAAAAUAUGUACUCUUACAUAUCCUCUGGUAUAAACAUAAUCCGAUAAAUAUAGUUAAAUAACUAAGACAGGAUCUAAUAAUCAAGAAUUGCAUACUGAUUUUAAAAAAAUUUUAAUCAAUUAAAUAACAUUUAUCAUUUUCAAUUCUGUUGGAUUACAGUAUAUUGUAAUCAGCAUCAUUUUUAUCAGAACCUUACUUUUAUAGAAAUAUUUUAAUAAGUUUUACCAACAGGAAUGUAAAAAGGUAAGAAAUCAAAUCAAUAAAUCAAGAUUUAUUCGUAAUGAAAUCUUAUGUUUACAACGCUAAACAUGUCAAAAUAUCUUUCAGCUGUUUCCUCUUUGCUAUUUCUUUCCUUUAAAAUGUCACAUAAAAUUAUCACGCCCCUCUUCGCAUUUUAUGGUGCUUAAGUAUUAUUCUCAUCUAAAUGUAAAUAUCAUUAAAAGUUUCCGUGAUGCCGAAUAAAAACCCAUUUUAUGUUUUUUUCCACUAGAUGUAAAGUCGUAAACAAACUGAAAAUGUUUCUAUGACUAAAAUAAAUUCUAUCUUGCAAAAAUAUUUCCCCUUUCCACCUCUUCCAACAAAAGAAAUAUGCUUGAAUUACAGAUAACACACUAAAAUUAUGUUUUAGAUCCUUAGUUAAUAUUAUUUCUCCGAAAACAAGCUGUGUUUUUGCCUGAAAAGCUCGGAAAGAAUGCCAAGCCUAUUUUUUAUUUAUAUUUUGCUUUAUUAGAGUUUAAUAUUCAUGAAACUUGUUCUGUACCUUUUUCGAAACUAACUGAUAAAUUUUCUGAAACCUUGACAAACAAUUUCUUAUUCAUUUCUACAGAUUGAAGUAAUAACAUAGAUUAUUAAGUUCUGGAAAAAAAAAGAAAGAGAUAUAAUAAAAGUAAAAUUAAUCAAUUAUAUAUUAUGAGUGAUUUACUCAAGAAAUUAAUAGCAUUUUUCCAAUGAUCAGUUUAUAUAAGAGUAGAUUCAUUAAUUAAUUAUUUCUAUCUAAAUUAACAUGAGGAUCUUAUUUAAUAUUAUCGUUACAGAAAACUAAUUUAAAUAUUGAAUGCAGAGAAUUAAUGUAAAUAAAAUAUAAUUUCUAUCCCUCAAUAGUUAUGAAUUCAUUUUUAUUAUAGCUUUUAUCUUAAAUAUAUAUGCUGGAAUUUAAAAAAAGAAUAAAUUAAAAACUAUCUUUAUACAUAUAUUACUGUCAGGUUAAACUAAUUGUUCAAAUAUAAUGCUGAGAAUUUUAUGAAAUUUUUGGCAUUUAAAUGUUUUUCCUCGUUUUCUAGUUUACAGAUUUUAAUCUGUUAAGUUCCAUUGAAGACUUAUAUUACUAACUUCGCAUUAUAUUUUAUGAAAUAGUAAUAGUAACAAAUUUAAACGUGGAAGUUUCAUAUUCCAAACAUUCUACAUAUAUUGCAGUUUAAAAUAACAAAUUUAAUUUGGUUGCAUAAGUUAUCUAAGCAAGUUAAUAGAUAUAUCUCGUAAUUUAAAUCUAAAGAGCAUGUAUCUGAAUUUAAUAACUUAAUUUUAUUUAGUUUUUUUUUCCAACACAUUUGCGAUUAAAGAAGAAAAAGAACAUAUCCAGUUAUUACUAUUAUUAUUAUUGAUUUUACUGUUUUGAAUGUUAAUGUAGUUUCUUAUAAUUAUUAUUUAUUUAAGGAGAAAUAUCCUAUAAGCAGCGUAUCUGUAUUAUUCAUUACUCUUUCAGAAAAAUUAUCAGCUCUCUUAAGCAUUUUAUUUGAAAGAAUGAUUCUAAAAUUUAAAAAAAUGAAUACAUUAAUAUGUGGAACAAAUACCUUUAAAGUCAAGAAUUAAAUUUCAUCCAUUUUAAGAAAUUUUGCAUUAUUCAUGUGAAUAGAUUUGUAUUAAGGCUGUAAUGUAAUUGUAUUCAAUGGUAAAAAUUUCCCUACAAAGAUGAAUUUUAUAUUGUGUUAUAAAAACGGUGCUGACGAAGUCUGAAUUUUCCUUACUGGAAAUUUCACAAAUUGUUUCGCUUCUUCAUUUUCUUGAUGCGAAUAACAGACUGAUUUUUAUUGUAAAAUGUACAUAACUGACUUUUUGCUGAGCAUUGGCAUUAUAUUAUAUUAUAAAUAUUGUUAUCUGAAAGUAAUAAAUAUAUGUCAUUUAUUA